AUGUGGUGCGCGGAGCGCGGUGUGUGGAAUGUGGUGUGUAGAGCGCGGUGUGUGGAAUGUGGUGUGUGGAAUGUGGUGUGCGAAGCGAGGAGCGUGGUGUGUGGAAUGUGGUGUGCUGAGCUUGGUGUGCGGAGCGAGGUGUGCGGAGCGUGGUGUGUGGAGCGUGGUGUGUGUAAUGUGGUGUGCGGAGUGUGGUGUGCGGAGCGAGGUGUGCGGAGCGUGGUGUGCGGAGCGAGGUGUGUGGAAUGUGGUGUGCGGAGCGAGGUGUGCAGAGCGAGGUGUGUGGAAUGUGGUGUGCGGAGUGUGGUGUGCAGAGCAUGGUGGGCGGAGAGAGGUGUGCGAAACGCGGUGUGCGGAGGGAGAUGUGCGGAGCGUGGUGUGCGGAGCGUGGUGUGCGGAGCGAUGUGUGCGGAGCGUGGUGUGCGGAGCGUGGUGUGCGGAGCAAGGUGUGCGGAGCGAGGAGCGUCGUGUGUGGAAUGUGGUGUGCUGAGCUUGGUGUGCGGAGCGAGGUGUGCGGAGCGUGGUGUGCGGAGCGUGGUGGGCGGAGAGAGGUGUGCGAAACACGGUGUGUGGAGGGAGGUGUGCGGAGCGUGGUGUGCGGAGCGUGGUGUGCGGAGAGUGGUGUGCGGAGCGAGGUGUGCGGAGCGAGGUGUGCGGAGCGUGUUGGGCGGAGAGAGGUGUGCGAAACGCGGUGUGCGGAGCGUGGUGUGCGGAGCGUGGUGUGCGGAGCGUGGUGUGCGGAGCGAGGUGUGCGGAGCGAGGUGUGCGGAGCGAGGACUGUGA